GUUCGCCAUUCACCGCGGGCCAACGAAGCUAUUUGGUACAAGCAAUGAUACCAUUCCAAUAGUCAUUUACAUGCGUACACCUCCAGAGCAAUACUCACGAUAUCGGAAACAAUAGACAAGAACGGAGCUGUUGAUUAUGGUCUAUACCCAAGAUAGAGGACGGAGAAUUGAGAUCUCGAUCUGCGUUCCCACGUGUUCCACAUUCUUGAACUGAACGCGCCUGCGUUUACCUUGUUCCUUACUUUUCAGGCCUGUCUUCGCAUAAGUAGCACAGGUUCUCAUGUCCGUGGAAAAUGUAGCCUCCUCUCUCCCAACUCCGUUAUCUCCAAAUACCCUUGCGGGACCUGCUCAAGCAGGCAAUGGUUCUGCAUCAUCGAUACUCUCGAGUUUGCUGGGUGACAACUCAGCCCUUAUUUCCAGGCCGGAUUUGGCCUUAUGGGUGUGGGAGUUGGUUUGACAGCUCUCAGAAAAGGUCUCCACUUGGGUGCAAAUGCUCUGCGUCGACGCAUGCUUGUGACGCUUGAGGUCAAUAUCAAGGACCCAUCGUACGAUUGGUUUCUUGCUUGGAUGGCACAGCAGCAGUCCGCUGUGACUGCAGAACAAAAGUCAAGCAUAUUAUCCCCACGGUCUUGGCUGCGAAGCCAUGAGCUGAGUGUUCAAACUGCCUACGAACAACGCAAAAAUGGAAGCGCCUCUGUUGGCUUCAAACUUGUAGCCGGCCCCGGCAUACACUGGUUGAAGUUCAGACAGGCAUGGAUACAGGUGAAAAGAGAACGAGAGACUCGAUCUCAAAAUCUCAUGUCCGGCAUUCCCUGGGAAACUAUUACUCUCACCACGCUUUCGCACGACCGGGGCCUCUUUCCAGAACUACUGGCAGAAGCACGAGAUAUCGCCUUGCGAAACCACGAGGGGAAGCUUGUCAUCCACACACCUUGGGGAAUUGAGUGGAAGCCUUUCGGCUUGCCUCGGCGGAAGCGACCUCUGAGCAGUGUCGUACUGCAAGAAGGCAUUGCUGAGAAAAUUCUACACGACGUGUCGGCUUUCUUGAAGCGACGCCAAUGGUAUGCGGACCGAGGUAUUCCAUAUAGGAGAGGAUAUCUCCUCCACGGUCCUCCAGGCUCAGGGAAAUCGUCCUUCAUACAGGCACUUGCUGGUUCACUAUCUUACGACAUCUGUCUGCUCAAUUUAUCUGAACGUGGAUUGGCCGACGACAAACUCAUCCAUUUGCUCUCCAAUACACCUGAAAGAAGUUUCGUUCUCAUUGAGGAUGUUGAUGCAGCCUUCAAUAAACGCGUGCAAACUAGCGAAGAUGGGUAUCAAUCCUCGGUGACGUUCUCCGGGUUUUUGAACGCACUCGAUGGUGUGGCAUCAGGAGAGGAACGGAUCGUUUUCAUGACCACCAAUCACCCACAACGACUGGAUCCAGCGCUGAUACGUCCGGGACGUGUCGAUCUUUCCGUUCGAAUAGACGAUGCGAACCCUUCACAGGCCAAGCAGCUCUUCAUGAGAUUCUAUAGUGAAGGUGAAGCGGAAGACGCCGGAUGGGAGAAGAUCGAUGCAAGUGAACUGCAAGUAAUGGGUUCAACGAUCGAAAAGAUGAUCGAGGAGCAGAUGCAUGCGGGCAGGAGAGUAAGUAUGGCUGCGCUGCAGGGGUUGUUCAUCAGGAGCAAGGCGAGGGAGGCGGUCGAGGGUGUCAGGACGCUUUUGUCAGAACAGCAUACGCCGUAGCUAUACAAGUUUAAUGAAUGGCUUUGCUCGGGAACCAGUUCUUAGAAAACUGCUUUGCGCUUGCGGCCAGUGUAUUUUGAGUCGCGAGGUACACUUUCUUUCCCGCGUUGACGAUACAACUGAGUAAAAUGUUAGGCGGGGA